AUGGUAGAGUACGCCCUUGAGGCCAUUUCGCACGCCGGUACCUCUCUGGGUAUCGUCUCCAAGGAGGGCGUCGUCCUGGCGGCCGAGCGCCGUGUGUCCAGCAAGCUGCUUGAGACUCGCGACCUGGAGAAGACCUAUGUCUUGGACGACCAUGUUGCCGUGUGCGUGGCCGGCAUCGUGUCCGAUGCCAACACCCUGGUGCACUACGCACGGAGUGUGGCCCAGAACUUCGAGGCCACCUUCAGCGAGCCGAUGCCGGUCGAGCAGCUGGUCACCCGGGUGGCCGACUUGAAGCAGGGCUACACCCAGUUCGGUGGCCUGCGCCCGUACGGUGUGUCCAUGCUGUAUGCCGGCUGGGACCGCAACAACGGGUACCAGCUGUAUGUCAGCGAUCCGGCCGGCAACUUUGGCGCCUGGCGCGCCACCUGCGUCGGGGCCAAUGCCCAAACCGCGCAGAGCAUGCUCAAGACCCACCUGGCCGGGCCCAGCGGUGGCUCCGGUGCCGAUGGUGCCGACGGCCCGGGGGCCGACACCCACACCUCGGCCACCUCGCAGGACGACGCCAUCGAGCUGACCCUGGAGGAUGCCAUCAACCUGUCGGUGAAGAUCCUGUGCAAGACCAUCGAAUCGUCGAAUGUCACCUCGGAGAAGCUUGAGAUCGCGGUUCUCACUCUGCAUCCGGUCUCCAAGAAGCCGGUCUUCCGUGCGCUGACUCGCGAGGAGCUGGACAUCCUGAUUGCCCGGAUCAUGGCCGCCGAGGCCGCGGAGAAGGCCGCCGCCGAGGCGGAGAAGGCUCAACAGGCCGCCCGCGCCGCGUCCGAGGCCGCGGCCGCCAUCCGUGCCAAUGCCAGCGGGUCCGGCAACUAA